AUGUAUUUUAUUGUUCCAAAUGUUGACCCUGCAUUACCACAGGUACGGUUUGGGUCAUCUUCACCUCCACUCUAUGAAUCUAUUGCUCUAGAUCCUGAAGGUCCUCGAAGCCAAACAAAUCUGUUUGUUCGAAAACUUGCCUCGUCAAUCACGGAAAGAGUUCUUCAAAGCAUUUUCGAGCCAUUCGGUACCAUCACUUCCUUUGCUCUUAUGCGCGAUAUUCAUACCGGUGAGAGCCUUGGCACCGCAUUUGUUCGUUACCAAACACACGAAGAAGCAUGUAAAGCUAUGAAGACAUUAGACGGUGUUGAUUUGUAUGGCCGACCGAUUUCCAUCCAAUGGGCAAAGAAACAACAUGAUGGUACUCCUAUUGGGGAGGAUAGAAAGAAGAUUCGAAAACUUUUUGUGCGAAAUAUUCCGAUGGACGUCACGUCAAAACAGUUACGCCAACUUUUCUCACCACAUGGGUCAAUCAGCAACGUUACGAUUCACAAUGACACCGCCGCCCUCCCAAGUACUGAAGGCGGUCACGCGCCGCCACAGCGCAACAUUGCGUUUAUUCUUUUUCAUGAGGACGGUGCCGCGGAGGAGGCCGUGCAGGCUCUCCACAAUGCCUGCCCAUUUGAAUCCUGUGAAGGGAUUCCCCUGAUGGUGAAGCUUGCUGAGGACAACCGCCAGCGACUGGGGCGUCGACAAAAAUAUGGCGUCUCACAAGUCGGCGUUACCAAGCCAUCUCCUGUGGUUCGAAAUGCCGCGGCGCUGGGCAGUAUUCCCUCUGCCGAUGCCAUCAACCUUGCGUCCUCGAGCUCCGUGAUUCCGUCCCUUGCCCCGCCUUAUAGCUCCGGUAUAAUCCCCUCCUCUAACAGCCUUCCCAACUACGUGUACACGCAGACCCCGCAGAACCCGUAUGUUCUCUACUCCGGCCAAUCCCCGGUGUCCCCGCAGCUGCUCCCGCCGUCCGCCGUGACGACGUCGUCCCCGCCGGGGUCCUAUCUGAACGCCCUGGACUACUCCACGUCGGCCUACUCCCCCUGCUUUCAGGCCCCCAUGGCGUUUCUUUGCAUGGGGGUGGACGACCGGGGCAACCCCCUCGUGCAGCCCCACAGUGUUGCCUACCCCGUUCCCGCGACCUCGCAGCCGCAGCCCCCGCCCUCCUCCACCACUCACCCUCCCCCCCCCCUUUCUGUGAGCUCGCCCCCGGCCUCGCGGAUGAGCACGCCACGGGUGGGGGUCUCGAGCAACGACCCGCACCUCCUGAACCAUUUCCAGCUAAAACUGCCGAGUUUGAUGUCGUUGGACACGCUGACCGACCCCCUCGUGAACUUCCAGGCCCCCGAACCCGGUGAUGCCAUCCAGCGCAAGCUCGGUGAACAAAACGCCGCGUACCCGUUCUCAGGCCCCAUGCCAAGCGAAAUCACCUCUUUCGGCGCCAACAAGGACUACGAGGAGUUGAUUAACCGAACCAAAGGGCGUGCUAACGAGUACUUUGUUACAAGUAACACCAACAAAAUCGCUCCAGGUAUCAACGCGGCCAGUUACCAUGACAUCUUCAAGCCUGGUUUUGCGGCGGCUGACAUACAAUGCGAUUGA